AUGUCGACUUUAUCUUUUCCUGCAGCAUUUCCUGCUCCUACUAAUGUUUUGCCUUUCCAACUCCUAGAGAUCAAUUUGAUUUCUGCGCAAGAUCUUGCUCGUAUUGGUCGAGGAAUGCGUACGUAUGCUGUAGCUUGGGUCCACCCUGAACGCAAAUUAUCGACGCGUCUUGAUGCUGAUGGCCAUACUGACCCAACAUGGAAUGAUAAAUUCGUCUUUCGUGUAGAUGAGUCUUUCCUUCAAUCUGAUACAUCAGCUGUAAUGAUUGAGAUAUACGCUGUUCGUUGCUUUCGUGAUGUCUGCGUUGGUAUUGUACGAGUUCUUGUGGGGAAUCUUAUCCCUCUAUCUUCACGUAACCAACGAAACUCUGGAAUGCGUUUCAUUGCAUUGCAAGUGCGUCGCCCAUCAGGACGCCCUCAAGGUAUUCUUAAUAUAGGAGUUGCUCUCUUAGAUGGUUCAAUGAGAAGUAUGCCUCUGUAUACCCAAUUAAGCACUUCAGCUGUUGGAUAUCGAGAUUUGAUGGGCGAAGAAUCUCACAGUCCAAACCAUCAUCAUAAAGAACAGAAAAAAGGCAUCUAUAUGCGUCGUAGCGUAAGUGAGCGAAAAUCAGACGCAACUUUUAACGAUUUUCCUCUAAAACCUGGAUCCACCGCGCUUUCAGAAGUAGGAGAACCACCAUUUGCCACAGUAACGACCACCGGUUCAGUUUGGUCAUUAUCGGAUAUAGGACCUGCACCUUCAGUGCUUGCUGCAACGAUGGCCGAAGAUCAUUUAUACCCGGUGGCUGAGGGGGGAAGUAACAGUAAUCAUAAUAAUGUUCUAGAAGAAUGGGAAGCCGAAGCUAGCGUUGAAGGUCUAAGAUCGAAACUAGAGAGAUGGCGGACGGAAUUACCACCUAUAUAUGAUCGUACUAAAGCACCCUACAACAGAAACACGGAACACAGACGGCGACAUACUGAUGGUGGUUCAGGAUCAAUGCUUUCUUGCAUUAUGUAUGGAUUCGAGUGCUCUAUUUCUUGUGGGGUAAAACCUAGAGGUAAAGUUAAGGGUAAACGGGGUGCUCUUGAAAACUUCGAUGAUGACGCAACUCAAUCUUACAUGCCAUGA